GGUACAUCAUUUUAAAUUGCUUCAUCAACUCCUAGUCCGCUGAAGAAGAAACAUUUACGGGAAUAUCCUAUCGUUCCGGAUCUACUUAAAUUUGUACGUUAUCAACGAUAAUCUUUGCGCUUUAUGUGUGAAGUUAUUUAUCCGUUGUCCGCUCAUCGACGGGUUUACUUUGCUGGUGCAUUGCCCUUACUUUGGAUGCAUUUUAUUAAAGUGAACACGGUCAAAACUGCCUAUGUCAGCUCCCCUUAUUCCUUCCAAAAUUCCGCUCUCCGAUUCAUGGUUGACCGAGGUUCAAUCAGACGAAAGUGAUUCUCGAGGACCAGAAGCCUUUGAAUGUGGUCAAAAGCUGAAAUAUUCUAAGGAGUCUUAUGACGUUUGCGGCAACGAAACUGAUAAUUCUAGUAAUUCAACUGAUGAUAGCGACGAUGCAGACGAUGAGGACUGGAUUGCCUCGGAUCACGAAAGAAAGCGUCUGAACCGCGAAUGCACGUCCACACGCUAUGCUAGGUAUCUACCGGUUUCGAGUCGCAUAGACCCUCAUCAUCGCGAUCGUGUGAAAAUAAGGGUGACACCAAAUCAACACACUACAACUGCAUUUACAUCACGCUCUCUUCGCCCUGGCAUUCAUUCCCCAAAAGCUGCUGUGACAUCUGCGAGCUAUACCUAUGAUCUACAUGCGUCAGAUCCACAAUCUUACCGACGUUGUAGUUCGUCUUUGCGAAGCCCUAUCGAUAGAAUUCUGCUGGAAGAGUUGGAGAAACCACGACAAUGUCUCGGACCUGGUUGUACGAAACCAGCGGCAGGACUCAAUACGAAAUAUUGUUCAGGGAAAUGUGGACUACAGUUGGCAAUAAGACGUCUGGAGGCGUUUCUGCCAGAAAAUUUGCCCACGUUGUUCUCGGACGAGAAAAGGAAGAACAAUGCUUUCCUUGGAAAUGUAGACCAGAACCUACGUGUGAACGUAGCAGAGCAGCUUGAUCGGACUCGAUUAGAAGAGAUCCAGACUCAAAAAUGCGUUCUGCACGAUCGGCUGGUACAAUUGGAGCUGGAACAUCAACAACUGAGCGCUUUGGUCAACCAGGCACGUCAGAACAGGCCGAAGAACAAUUUGAGCAACAGUUUCAACGAUGCUUCCAAGGAUGGAGACCAAGCAGAACAAUUGGAACCAGUGGUUUGCGUCACCUGUGCCAGCGAAGUCAGCAUGAGACAUGCUCUUAGACACAUGGAAAAGUGUUUCCAAAAAAUGGAGGGCAAUACCGUGUUUUGCGCCAAUCAGAAAGAACAAAUAAUGGGAACCCCAUUAUUCUGUGAUACGUACGACGCUCAGGCGAAGGCAUAUUGUAAAAGGCUGCGCGUUGUAUGCGAGCAUUUUAGAGAACCGAAAUUACCUCCGGACAGUGUUUGUGGAUUCCCUUUGGUUCGUGAUGUUUUCAUAGAAACGGGAGAAUAUUGUUGCGUACCCCGGAACAAGUGCACCUCUCAUCUUGGUUGGGAGCGACUCAGACGAGCAAGAAUCGAUAUUGAACGCUACAGAUGUUUUAUCAAAAUGGAUGAGUUGCUACAAGAAGAGCAGAGGCUGCACCAAUCAAUGUCUCAGCGCGGAGGUAUUCUGGGACUCUUGCUCCAUCGCACAACUGAUCACAACCCUUCGGUGCAAGUGGUAAUACCUUCGAAAUCAGGGAAUCAGCUCUACAGACGGACAACUAUGUGAUCUCUACUAUUACUUGAGACUGCUUUUCUCACAAUGCAAAAUCCGCCAGAUAUCGGAACAUUCUUCCUGACACUGGACUUGUCAUAACCCCUGCCCCCUUGUUCAUAAUUUGUACUGAGAACCUUUUAACACCACCGUGUGUAUGUUUCACUCCUGUCUGUAAUGCAACCGAGGUAAAAUGUGCCACAGUGAUGGACGUGUGCCUGAGCCUAGCUGUUUCACACAAGUCAACUCACUUAACACAAGACGCCUACACUAGGAAAGUGACAGACCGUACGCUCCUUUCUGACAUUCGCGGUUCACGCUCGUCUGUGGUGGUUUUUAUUCACCAAGUCAUGCAAUCAGUUUCUGCUGUCAUAAUAGCUGAAAAUAUGCUAGCGAGCUUUAGUGGGAUGUUUAGUCU